CGUCCAUAUUCCUGGUCACAAACGCGAUGGGAAAAGUGAUUGCGGUGGACUUGGACCAUAAACGCGAUAAUGGUUAUCCUCUUUCCUUUUCUUUGCUAAAUGCAUAACUGAUUCCAUUAAAGCAGAGAAUACUUUUAAUACAUGUACUCAAAGCUUUUUGUUCUCCCCUUCAUCGGAGCUUUCUUUUCUUUUCUUUUGUUUGUGUAUUGGAACUACAAGUAGUUCAACUUCACACUUGUUUUUUAGCAACUAGCAACACUUGCUUAUUUGAAAACCUGCCUUGGUAAUUUGAUCCUUUCAAUUUUGUUACGAAGAAUUCUUUGAGGGAGGCUGGAGCUGAAGCAAUGGUCACUGGAAAGAAUACUGGUUCUGCUACUGCCUCUCUAAUAAUUCUACUCGUCUCAUCGUCAUCAUGUUUGAUAAAUGCACAAGAUAUCACCUAUCCGUCAGUUGCUCAUCAUCCAAAUUCUUGGAUUAACGUUCCUGUGUUUAACUUUGGCUUCUGGGAUUCCGCAGGUGUUACGCCCAUCCUUGCCAGUGGAACUUAUGUUUGCGGUUUCCACUGCCAAAGUUCAAAAGGCAUGUGCCUUUUUGCUGUCUCCAUCUUCCAAAUCAAUUCUAGCAUCUCUCCAAAAAUUGUGUGGUCUGCCAAUCGAAACAAUCCUGUUAAACUUAGAGCUACACUGCAACUCUCUGAAAAAGGGUAUUUGAUACUUCAAGAUCUUGAUGGCACUCCAGUUUGGAACACCAACACCACGGGGAAAUUUGUUUCAGGAUUAAAGUUAUCUGAAGAGGGAAACCUUGUGCUUUUCGACAGAAACAAUGAGACGGUCUGGCAGUCUUUUGAUCACCCGACGGACACAUUAGUUCCAGGGCAGGCACUAGUUCCUGGGCAAAAGCUGACCGCAAAUGUGUCAACAUCAAAUUCAAGUGCAGGUUUAUACUCCGUAGCUCUUACAAAUGAUAGUUUGAUUGCUUUCCUCGAACCAGAUCCUCAGCAAGUCUAUUUUGGACCCUUGAGGGUGAAGCACAUGAACCAGGGCAAUAACAAAGUCCAAUAUUUGAAUGGAAGUUUUGAUCGUUUUCUGCUUCCUUCGACAUCUGCAGCACAGUUCAUUCAACUGGGGAGUGAUGGACAUUUGAGGGCUUAUCAAUUGAGGGAAUCAAAAUGGGAGCCAGUAUCUGAUCUUUUGAUUAACUACACUGGUGCAUGUGGUUUCCCCUUGGUGUGUGGAGAAUAUGGCGUUUGUUCAGCUGGGAGUUGCACUUGUCCAAAAGCGGAGGGAAAUGAAUCAUUACUUUACUUCAGCAAGGUAUCUGAAGGGUGUCAUGAAAAUAUACCUGUUUCUUGCAAGCCUUCUGAUCUUCAUAGUCAUAGCUUACUUGAGCUUAAGGACUAUGAUUACUUCAAUUUCAUCCCUCAUAUCAAGAAUACAGAUAGAGAGCAUUGCACGAAGGCCUGUUUGCAGAAUUGUUCAUGCAAAGCUGCUAUAUAUCGACAGCAACUGAAUUCAUCAAAUGGGUAUUGUUGUCUUCUAUCUAAAAUCUUUUCAUUCAAAAGAAAAGAGGAGAAUAUUACUGAUUAUAACAGUUUGUCAUACAUAAAAGUGCAAAAUCCUCCAUAUACGUUCUUUGCUCGAGAAAAAGGACCAAAACGUAUAGCAGCCAUACUAGGAUCAACCCUUGGAGUCCUUUUUACCCUGUUUCUAGUAGUUAGCAUCUUCUUCUUGCGUGGAAAUAAGAUCGAUCCAAAAGCUGUUCAGAAUGCCUUGCGCGGAAAUAAAAAAAAAGAUUCAAAAGCUGUUGGGAAGAGAUUCACUAGAUUCUCCUUUGAAGACUUGAAGUCCAUGACAGAGAAUUUCAGUGCGAAGCUUGGUGAAGGGGGUUUUGGUUCUGUUUUUUAUGGAACUCUACCAGACGGUGCUAAAAUAGCAGUGAAGCGUCUUGAUGGCCCUGGUCACUUCAGAAAGUCACUUUUGGCUGAAGUGGAGACGUUAGGAAGUGCUCAUCAUAUUAAUUUGGUGACACUGAUUGGGUUUUGUGCCGAGAAAUCCCAUUGGCUUCUCGUUUAUGAGUACAUGCACAAUGGUUCUCUGGAUAAAUGGAUCUUUCCCAAAGACAGAGAACUCCGUCUAAGUUGGAAUUUGAGGCGGAAAAUCAUCCUUGAUAUAGCCAGAGGACUGGCCUAUCUUCACGAGGGUUGGACACAGAAAAUUUUACACUUAGACAUCAAACCCCAAAACAUUCUGCUAGAUGAAAAUUUUAAUGCACAACUUGCGGAUUUUGGAUUGUCAAAAGUAAUUGCCCGGGACCAAGACAAAGCCUUCACAACAAUGAGAGGCACACCAGGUUACAUGGCUCCUGAAUGGUCAAGUGCUGUCAUCACGGAGAAAGUAGAUGUUUACAGCUUUGGCAUUGUGGUCUUGGAGAUCUUGUGUGGUCGGAGAAAUGUGGAUAGAUCUCAGUCAGAAGAAGAGAUGCACUUACUAAGCCUUUUUAGACAAAAGGCGGAGGAGGGGAAACUCUUGGAUCUGGUUGAUGAAUUGGCCGAAGACAUGCAGCCAAAUGAAGCAGAGGUUGUGAAGAUGAUGAGGAUUGCAGCAUGGUGUUUGCAAGUUGAUUAUACUAGAAGGCCUUCCAUGACAGAUGUAUUACGUGUUUUGGAAGGUUUCAUGGAUGUUAAACCCAAUUUAAUUUACGAUUUUCUCAAUCCGCAAGCACCUGCAGCUCCGUGCAUCAGAGCGGGUACCACGUCCGUAGCAACACCCUCAAUAUUAUCAGGUCCUAGGUAACCAGAUGUAAAAUGAUAAUCCAGACGACGAUGUAGGAAAUGUAAGAACAAGGCAGCCAACAGUGUUGUGGCAUUAGCCAGCUGCUUAAAUUUUUUUCUUUUUUUUUUUUUUUAAUUUUCUCUUCGCGGGUUAUGUUUGUACUUUCAGACAGUUAUGUUUAUGUUUGCUUCUAUACACUUGUUUUGCUUGAA